UUUCUUUCAAAAAAAAAAAAAAUAAAGAUAGAAUAUGUUUGGUGUUAAGGAUUUUAUGGGAAAACCAGCCCCUCCUAAUUAUGUAGCUGGUCUGGGUCGUGGUGCUACUGGUUUUACCACCCGUUCUGAUAUUGGUCCUGCAAGAGAAUCCGGUGUAGAAGUUGAUUUUUCAAAGAUAGCAAAAGAAGGUGAAGAAGACGAAGACCAAUAUCAAGAUCCAGAUAAUGAAGUUGGCUUGUUUUCUACUGCACCUUAUGAAGAAGACGACGAAGAAGCAGAUCGUGUAUGGGAUAUGAUUGAUGCAAAAAUGGACGAACGUCGUAAAGCUCGUCGAGAAGCUCGAGAACGUGAAGAAUUAGCUCGUUAUCGACUCGAGAGACCCAAGAUUUCUCAACAAUUUGCAGACCUAAAGCGACAAUUAACGACUAUUAACGAAGCAGAAUGGGCUGCUAUCCCCGACGUAAGCGAUUUGGUCGGCAAGAACAGAAAGAGAAGCAGAGCACCUGAACGAUUUACACCCAUGCCAGAUUCACUUAUUGCAGCAGCUCGAGAUCAAACAGGAUACAGCAAUACAGUCGAUGAAACAGAACAAAAAUACGGUGGCAUUGCAUCCACUGCUCCUAUUGUAGGUGGUGAAGACAUGGUCACCAACUUUAGAGAGAUUGGUCAAGCAAGAGAUAAAGUAUUAGGUCUUAAAUUGGAUCAAGUCUCUUCUGAUUCUGCCUCAGGCAAAACAACAAUUGAUCCUAAGGGUUAUUUAACAGAUCUACAAAGUGUCGUUGUCAAGAGUGAUGCUGAGAUUGGUGAUAUCAAGAAAGCAAGACUCUUGUUAAACUCUGUCAUUACAACCAAUCCAAAGCAUGCUCCUGGCUGGAUUGCUGCUGCACGUUUAGAAGAAGUUGCUGGAAGACCUAUACAUGCUAGAAAUAUCAUUGCCAAGGGCUGUGAACAAUGUCCCAAGAAUGAAGAUGUAUGGUUAGAAUCUGCAAGAUUAAACAAUGUGGACAAUGCAAAGAUUAUAUUGGGUGAUGCUGUGCGACACCUGCCACAAUCUGUCAAAAUCUGGCUUAAGGCUGUAUCACUCGAGACAGAAAACAAAGCCAAAAAGAAGGUGUUGCGUCGUGCACUUGAAUUUAUCCCCAACUCAGUCAAAUUAUGGCGUGCUGCUGUCAAUUUGGAAGAGAAUCCUGAAGACGCAAAAGUCCUUUUGUCUCGUGCUGUUGAACUUGUUCCUCUAAGUGUCGAUUUAUGGCUUGCUCUUGCACGUCUUGAGACCUACGAAAAUGCUCAAAAGGUACUCAAUAAGGCCCGUGCUGCUAUACCAACAAGUCAUGAAAUUUGGAUUGCUGCUGCUCGUUUACAAGAAGAGCAUGGUAAAUCUGAAAUGGUCGAUCGUAUCAUUGCAAUGGCUGCUAAAGCACUUGCACAGUCUGGUGUUUUAUUAGAUAGAGAUCAAUGGAUUGAUGAAGCAGAGAAAUGUGAAAAGAAUGGAUCUGUGUUGACAUGUCAAGCCAUUAUCAAGGCAACAAUUGGUAUGGGUGUUGAAGAAGAAGAUAGAAAAUCAACUUGGAUGGAAGAUGCAGAGAGUUGUAUUGCUCAUGGUGCGAUUCAAACAGCCCGUGCUAUUUAUGCUCAUGCACUCAAGGUGUUUCCCGGCAAGCCUUCUAUCUGGCAACAAGCUGCUUAUCUUGAAAAGAGCCAUGGUACACCAGAAAGUCUUGAAGAGCUAUUACAACGUGCUGUCAAAUAUUGUCCUCAAGCUGAAGUUCUUUGGCUUAUGGGCGCCAAAGAGAAAUGGCUUGCUGGUGAUGUAGAAAGUGCUCGAGCCAUUUUAGAAGAAGCCUUUAGAGCUAACCCCAACAGUGAACAAAUCUGGCUUGCUGCUGUCAAGGUAGAAAGCGAAAAUGACGAAUAUGAUCGUGCUCGAAAGUUACUUGAACUAGCUAGAAAAGAAUCAGGCACAGAGCGUGUUUGGAUGAAAUCUAUCAUGUUAGAGAGACAAAUGAAGAAUUACGAUCAAUGUAAUGUCUUGUUAAAUGAAGCACUAGAAAAGUUUCCUACAUUUGACAAGUUGUGGAUGAUUAAAGGACAGAUUGAAGAGUCUCAAAAUAACGAUGCCAAGGCCAGAGAAGCAUACAUUAAGGCAGUCAAGAACUGUCCCAAGAGUAUUGUGCUUUGGGUGCUCUUGGCUCGCUUGGAGUCCAAGAUGGGUAUGAUGACCAAAGCCCGUGCUUCUUUAGAAAAAGCUCGUUUUAUCAACCCCAAGACAGCAGAACUAUGGUUAGAGACUAUCCGUAUGGAAAAGAACAACAACAAUGUGGCAGUAGCCAAGUCUCUAGCAGCAAAGGCACUUCAAGAAUGUCCUACCUCUGGUGCUAUUUGGGUUGAAGUCAUCUUUAUGGAAGCAAGACCACAAAGAAAAGCACGUAGUGUAGACGCUCUUAAGAAAUGUGAGCAUGACCCCAUUGUUGUGACAGCAGUAGCUCGUCUUUUCUGGACUGAUCGUAAGAUUGAAAAGGCUCGCAACUGGUUUCAAAAGGCAAUACAAAUCGAUCCUGAUCAAGGCGAUUCAUUUGCAUGGUGGUACAAGUUCGAGAUACAGCAUGGUACUAAAGAACAACAAGAAUCUUGUAUCAAACGAUGUGUUCUGGCCGAACCUCGUCAUGGAGAGGUGUGGCAGUCUGUUGCUAAAGACGUAGCCAAUAUUGGUAAAAAGACAGAAGAAAUACUCAAAUUGUGUGCAAAUACAUUAGAGCAAGUUAAAUAAACAUCAUAUACAAAUGGCUGAAGUAUAUUCAAAUGUCAAAUGGCGGUUAUAUGGUUACAAUGCAGCUUUAUUUUUAUUUGCGAACUCUAGG